UUGUGACCGCAGCAUUGACGGCAGCAAGAGCUCAGCCGUCUGACAACAUGGCCAAGUUAAUAGUGUUAUUAUCCAUAGCUGCCUUCGCCAGUGCACAGACCUACUCCGCCUCCAGUUUAUUACGGAACGUCUACAACGAAUGCCUCAGUCAAUAUUCUGUGGAAUGUGUGAAACCUCGAGCCCUGCAGUGGAUGUCAGCGGUCGCGAAUGACGACGAGAUCAAAAUCACGGAUAACCUCUCAAUCGUGAAGACGGCUGUCUUAGAAGACGGCAAUGUGGAUCCAAGGAUGGCUUUGGAGCCCGCGCUACAAAUUGUGGACAGAGUAGACCGGUUCCUCCAAACCCAUUCUGUGAAAGUUAAAGUUCCUGCUGAGAUCACGAACAGUGCAGCCUCUGAAUACGUGCCAAGGUCUUUGCUGGUGGACCUUCCUUCGGAGCUGAACAUGCCUUUGGAUGGUGAAGAAGAGGUUGAGGAGUUCGAAGGCAGGAAGAAGAAGAUCAAGCUGCCCAAGCCUUUGAGGAUUAAGAGCAAGCACGGCUUCAUCAAGAAGGUGCUGCUGCCUUUCCUCCUCGGACUGAAGUUCAAGGCCUCCGUGCUCGUUCCAUUGGCUCUUGCUCUGAUCGCCCUGAAGACGUGGAAGGCCCUGACCCUUGGUCUAAUCUCACUUGUUUUAUCCGGUGCCAUGGUGAUCUUCAAAUUCACGAAGCCCAAGGUGGUGAACUACGAAGUGAUCCACUACCCGCAACACCACGUUGAACACCACGUAGACCACCAUGCCCCCGCGUGGGAUGCCCACGGUCCCUACCAAGCCAGAUCCUACGAAGACGCCCAAGAAAUAGCCUACUCGGGCCACCUCUAAAACGACACAAGACUUACGGACCUCGAUUAAAUUAUUUAUUUAUU